AUGAAAUCAAAUGAAAUUUCCCCUUUCGAUACUCGUCCUUUUAGAAGACUCAGCAACUCCUCUAAAGGUGAUGCCGAGAAUCAAGCAAUCGAUAGUCGUGGAAAGCUACCUCUAUUAUACGAAGAUGAUGAUCGUUCAGGAAAUAGAUCUAAAGCGAGCGAUGGGUUUACGUUUGCAACAGAUAAUCAUCAGGUCCAUACUUUUGAUGCCUUGUUUCUCGACACCACACCACCGUUGCGUUCAUAUGAACAUAAGAUGCAGGAGCUUGCAGACAUCGAAUCUCAAUAUUCCGAGCUUAUUAAUAAACAGCAGACACGAGCUCACCAAGGACCAGUUCAACAUGAGGCAAGUGGCCCGAAGAUAUCAACUGAGGCGGUUAUUCGGUUAGGUGGAGAACGGUUCAUUCAAUCUUGUUCAUCGACUUCUUCGAUAGUGAGCCACCCAUACGGUAGUUCCUUCUCGGGCCUUUCUGAUCAAGAAGUAAAAGAUGUUCAACUCAUUGAAAAUCUACUACUUUCUGCAGAGAAAGUCACUCACCAACAGUUUGAACAAUCGAUUAAGCUUCUUGAUUGGUGUGACGUUAUGUCUUGUAGCUCAGGGAACCCGAUUCAAAGAUUAGUUCAUUAUUUUUCAAAAGCUUUACGAGAGAAGGUCGAUAAAGAAACCGGGAGAGUUUCUUCGUGUGGGUCGGGAAAAAAAGAUGUAGAAGAUCUUGUAAGGAGAGUGGUGAGCUCGAAUGCGACCGCUCCCUUGCUUUAUGAAAAAUCACCGCUUUUCCAAGCGGGUUGUUUUUCUGGGGUGCAGGCUUUGGUGGACGGUGUAUCCGGGUCAAAAAAUGUUCAUGUAAUCGAUCUCUCGAUAAAACAAGGCACCCAUUGUACGAUUCUUAUGCAAGCUCUCGUAUCUCAACAAAAUUGUCCUAUCGAGCACCUUAAAAUAACCUCUGUCGGGACUACUUCCAAACAGAAAAUCGAGCAAACGGGUGACUGGUUGAAGAGUUUUGCUGAAUCUAUAAACUUAUCUUUCUCUUAUAACGCGGUUAUAGUUGAAGAUAUGCUAGAUUUCAAUAAAGAUCAUCUUGAAUUGGAUCCAGAUGAGGCUUUGGGUGUUUACACAUCAUAUGGUUUAUGGGGCAUGAUCGGGCAACAGGACCGAUUAGACUCUUUAAUGAAUGUUAUAAAAAGUAUUAACCCAUGUGUUAUGGUGGUGUCUGAAGCUGCGGCAAAUCUUAACUCACCAAACUUUGUGAACCGUUUUAUUGAAGGUUUGUUUUACUACGGGGCAAUGUUUGAUUCUUUUGAAGAGUGUUUAGGUCGUGAAGAUGAAAACCGCACUAUUACUGAGUCGAUGUAUUUUGCUAAGGGAAUUAAUAACGUCGUGGCAUCAGAAGGCACGGAAAGAGUGAUUAGGCAUGUGCAUAUUAAUGUUUGGAGAAAGUUUUUCGCACGGUUUGGGAUGAAGGAGAUCGAGCUAAGUAUGUCUUCUUUAUAUCAAGCUAAUCUGGUGGCAGGAAAGUUUUCAAAUGGAAGUUGUUGCACAUUUGAUAGGGACGGUGAGUCACUCGUAAUCGGCUGGAAAGGUACACCGAUCGAGUAUGUUACUGCUUGGAAAUUUUCUUGA